ACUCAUAAAUGCCCAAGUUAUUGUGGAAUGGAGGAAGCAAAGGACACCGAGGGAAAUUCUUCAGGAGGAUCUUCUCUUGUCGAUUCCAGUUCCCGGCAAAGCCCUAGGAAUUCUGAAACUCCUACUUUGCUGAUCAUUGAUGAAAUAAUCGACGUUAACAAUCCGAAUACAGCAGUCAUAAAGGAUACUGAAUUACUUCCAAAUAAUUUCCAUGAUGGCCUACCACCAACCCAACUGGCACCUAGUUCAUUAGAGAUUUUAAAUGAACUGGAAAUUACUUGUAAGGAUGCCAUAUCUGGGCCAUCAGAAAUGUGCACUCUUCCAGUACGUCAUACAUUGGAUCAAUCUGAGGAGCUAUAUCAUAACCAGUCACCCAAGUUCGAAGAUGAAAGUACUGUUAUAGUUGAUGAUGUUCAAAUGAAUAAUGGUUAUGUCGCCUCUAACAAAUUACAAGAGUCAGAAGCUAGGCUGCGUGCAUUGACCAGUGAGCUUAAUCAUAGCCAAGUGGUGAUUGGAAGUACGCAAAAGAAAACAUCCAAGUUGUCUGAUCACUUAAAACAAGUCAUUGAAAACAGAGGCCUUAUUGACACUGCAGCACCUUUUGAAUCUGUUAAAGAGGCUGUCACCAAGUUUGGAGCACACGUUGAUUGGAAAGCCCGGAAGGAAAUAACCUUACAGGAGCACCAGCGCAUCCACCUUGAACUUGAGAAGAUACAAAAGGAAAUUCCAAAGUACAAAAAACAAUCUGAAAUUGCAGAAGAUGCUAAAGCAGAAGUACUUAAGGAGCUUGAUAGCACCAAGAGACUUGUAGAAGAACUCAAGCUAAGCCUGGAGAAAGCACAGACCCAAGAGGCCCAGGCAAAACAGGACUCAGAACUUGCUGAACUCAGGGUCAAAGAGAUGGAGCAAGGAAUUGCCAAUGAUGCAAGCAUUGCAGCCAAGACACAAUUAGAGGUUGCCAAAGAAAGGCAUUUGACAGCAGUCACAGAACUAAAAUCAGUAAAAGAUGAGUUGGAAGUACUGCAAAGAGAGUUUGGUACUUUAGUUAAUGAGAGGGAUGUGGCAAUUGAGAAGACUGAAGAGUCUAUUUCUGCUUCCAAGGAGAUCGAGAAGACUGUUGAGGGUCUAACUCUAGAACUUAUCAAUAAGGACUUGCUGGAAUCUUCGCAGGCAGCACAUCUUGAAGCAGAAGAGCAGAGAAUUAGUGGAGCAUUGGCAUGGGAGAACGACAAACUUAACUGGGAAAAGGAGCUGAAGCAAGCUGAAGGGGAGCUGCAACAUCUCAAUAUGCAGUUUUUGCUGGUAGAUGAUCUGAAGUUGAAGCUAGAUACAGCUUCCACAUUGUUGUUCAGUCUGAGAGCUGAAUUGGCUGCUAAUAUGGAAGCAAAACUGAAUAAAGAAUCUGAUAGCAUCAGGGAAGAGCACCAAGCAGAUGAGGAAGGACAAACAAUGACAAACCUGACAAAUGUUCCAGCAAAAUUAGCUCGAACCAAGGAGGAGCUUGAGGAAGUAAAGGCCGACAUUGAGAAAGCAAAAGAUGAAGUCAAUCAUUUAAGAGUCACAGCUUCUUCACUUAAAUGUGAGCUGGAGAGAGAGGUGACAGGCCUCACCACCAUGAGACAGAGGGAAGGUUUGGCAUCUGUGUCUGUGUCGUCUCUUGAGGCUGAGCUGAACAGGACAAACACUGAAGUAGAACUAAUCAUGACGAAGGAGAAGGAAGCCCAAGAAAAGAUGGUAGAUGUGCCUAAGAUGCUUCAACAAGCAGCUCAGGAAGCAGAUCAAGCCAAAUCAGUUGCUCACUUGGCUCGUGAAGAGCGAAGGCAGGCAAAAGAAGCAGCCGAACAAGCAAAGGCUGGAGCAAGUACUAUGGACAUCAGACUAGAGGCUGCUUUAAAGGAAACAGAAGCAGCUAAAGCAUCAGAGAAGCUGGCACUCUCAUCAGUCGAAGCAUUGGAAAAGAGUAAAGAGUCCGUAGAAUUGGAGACUAAUGACUCCACAACUGGAGUGACUCUUCCACUGGAUGAGUACUACAUUCUCAGCAAGAAAGCACAUGAGGCUGAGGAGCUUGCUAAUCAACGAGUGAUUUCUGCCGUAGAGCAUAUUAAAUCAGCAAAGGAGUCUGAGGCAAGAAGCUUAGAAGAACUCGAGGAAGCAAAUAGGAAGAUAGAAGAAAAGAAGAAAGCAUUAAGAGAUGCCGUGGAAAAGGCUGAAAAGGCCAAGGAAGGGAAAUUGGGUGUGGAACAAGAGUUGAGGAAGUGGAGAGCUGAGCAUGAACUGCAACGGAAAGCAAGUGAUGCUGCUCAAGGUUUAGCUGAUUGUUUAUAUUUUGAGGAGACCAGAGAACCAAACAUCCUGGUUAACGAAGAAGAAACUGCUCCACAUGUUAGCCCUCCAACAUGCAGCCAUGGAGAACACUCGCAACAGAAUGAGACAAUAAAUGCCAUGCCUGAACCAAAGGUGAGAAGGAGAUCAUUCUUCCCUCGAAUCGUCAUGUUUUUGGCCAGAAAGAAGGCUCAGUCAUUGAAGUAAUGAAACUUAUAUUGUACUUACAGAUCAAAAUCUCUUACAUUAUGGUAAUAAGUGUUCCUAAUUUUUGGAACUGGGGGUGUCGGUUGGUGUUUAAGCUUGUACUAUUGUACGUACUGAUGAAACUGUAAUUGUCCAGAUUUCAUGAAUCAUAAUAUCCAGACGCUAAGGAAGUUCAUCCACUGCUAA